GCGUUAAGAAACGGGCAGAAAAGAAGGAUUAUAAUAAGCAACUUAUAAUAAUUUCCUUGUUCCUAGACCGCAAAACGCGUGUUUCUGGCAAGUAGCUAUAUAUAUAUCCAUGCUCGUCAACUCAUCUGCAUUCUGCCAUCUUCCCUUCCAAGCACGUUCUGCAACAAAUCUAAACCUUUUGAGACACUCUUCCUAUUGAUUUUCUGAGAUUCCCCUGCGAUUGCAAACGAUAAGCUGCGCAUAGAUUUGCCUCGCAUAUAUAUAUUUUUUUCAUAUGGUAAUAUUAUCACAAUGAUGUUGACAAGAAGAUCAAUUAUUCCCUGCAGUUCUCAUAGUACCCAUCAGAGAUUUCAAUUUUCUAGUCUUAGUCCCAGAUUUCUGUUGGCAACGUUAGAUCACAAGAACAGGUACUAUUUUCUGGGGAAUCAGAGGCUGAAAAUCUUCAACACCAGCUUGGAAUUCCAUCAUGCAAGAAGUAAAAAAGACAUGGUUGUCCACAAUGGCGUUCAUCCAGAACCAGCUCUUCCUUCCGAUCCUUCUUCUGGUUCUUGGAAAAUGUGGAUUUUGGGAAUGAUAAUAACUGUGAUCAUACCCUUUUGGAGAAACAAAUGGUGGCCAUUAUUGAAAUUAAAAGACAGAGUUGAAUCAUUGGUGGAAACCGCAGAGCAUGUAACUGAAAUUGUAGAAAAGGUGGCUGAGGAAGUGGAGAAGGUAUCGGAAGAGGUCGCCGAUCAUCUGCCGGAAGGUGGGAAGCUUAAAGAAUCUGUAACUUUUGUUGAAAAUGUAGCCAAAGAAACAGCAAAGGAUGCUCAUCUGGCACUAGAAGUCAUUGAAAAGGUAGAAGAAGUGGGAAAAGAGACAGAGUCUUUAAUUGAAUCUGUCAUAGAUCAAGCUAAUGAGAUAAGCCAUGAAGUAAAGGACCAAAAUUAGAAAAGGAAAAGCAAUAUACAGCUUAUGUGCCAAUGUUCUAAUUUGACAUUGCAUAUUCAUUAUAAAAUGUUCAAUGAUUUAUUAAUCCUAAUUCUAUUGCUGAUAAUCAUAAACUAUUCUCUCUGUGUUCUAAAUUAGGUGUAAUUGUCUAGUGGAAGUACAACUCAUGAUUCUAUAAUUAAGCCCCAUAAUUUAUUUCUUUUUA